AAAAAAUGAAGGGGCUCGUGAUAGUGCUCGCUCUGUUUCUCUGCGUUUUUGGCAAGGAGACCUUUGAGGGACACCAGGUUCUUCGAAUCACUCCUAUAAGUGAGGUGCAAAUCAAUCUCCUGAAGGAACUCUCUAAACAGGAUCAUCUUCUGCUGGACUUCUGGACAGAGCCCAUUCAUGAUUCUUUGGCAGUCGAUGUCCGUGUUCCUUUCCACAGUCUCCAGGCUGUCAGGGCUUUCCUAGGAUACCACGAGAUCCACUAUGAGAUCAUGAUCCAUGAUCUUCAGGAUCUUAUGGACGAGGAACAACGAGAGAUGAUGAAAUCUCGUGCUUCUCAGCCCAGAACAACCGAUGGCUAUGACUAUGCCAGCUACCAUACUUUCAGUGAGAUUACCUCUUUCAUGGACAUGCUAGUACAGGAGAAACCUAAUUUUGUUAGCAAACUUGUGAUUGGGAAAAGCUACGAGGGCCGUCCCUUGAAUGUUCUUAAAUUCAGCACUGGGGCUAACCGCCCUGGUAUCUGGAUUGAUACUGGUAUCCAUGCCAGAGAGUGGGUCACACCAGCCAGUGGAACCUGGUUUGCCAAGAAGAUUGUGUCUGACUAUGGACAUGACACUGUUCUUACUGCCAUCCUUGACAAGUUUGACAUUUUCCUAGAGAUUGUCACCAAUCCUGAUGGAUUCCAUUUCACACACACUUCUAACCGUAUGUGGCGCAAAACGAGGAAGCCCAACGAUGGAUCCAUUUGUGUUGGAGUCGAUGCCAACAGAAACUGGGACGCUGGCUUCAGUGGUGCUGGUUCCAGCAACAAUCCUUGCUCUGAGACGUACCGUGGACCUAGUGCUCACUCAGAGCCCGAGGUCAAGGCCAUCGUGGACUUUGUUAAGUCCCAUGGGAACCUCAAAGCCUUUGUUUCCAUCCACAGUUACUCUCAGAUGCUUCUCUACCCUUACGGUUACACCAGGACUCCUUGUAAGGACCAGGCAGAGCUGGAUGAACUUGCAAAGAAAGCAGUGACUGACUUAAAAAGUUUGUAUGGCACAAACUACAAAUAUGGCAGCAUCAUCAAUGUUAUUUACCAAGCCAGUGGUGGCACCAUUGACUGGACCUACAACCAAGGCAUCAAGUACUCCUACACCUUUGAGCUGAGAGACACUGGUCGCUAUGGUUUUAUGCUGCCUGCCAAUCAGAUCAUCCCUACUGCAGAGGAGACAUGGCUGGCUCUCAUGGCCAUUAUGGAGCACACUAAAAAUAACCCAUACUAAACUGGGUUUAACUGAAGGCCUCUCAAGUAAAGAGUCAACUGGAACAAUCUUCUA